AAUAGCCUUUACUAUAUCGUUUGUGUUUUGUUCGGAACGGGAUGGAUUCUGAGGAGAUAGAAAUCCCUUCGUAUUUUCUGUGCCCGAUAUCGUUGCAGCUGAUGAAAGACCCUGUCACGCUCUGCACGGGAGUCACCUAUGACAGGCAGAGCAUUGAGAAGUGGAUGUUUACAGUGGGGAACAACACCUGUCCUCUCACAAGGCAACACAUUCACAACUCCGAGCUCACACCCAACCACACGCUGUGGCGGCUCAUCCAGCAGUGGUGCGACCUCAAUUCUUCCAAGGGCGUCCAUCGGAUCUCCACGCCCCCGCUGCCACUUGACACCGAUCAACUUCAUAAGUUGCUCCGUGACAUCGAGUCAUCCCUGGCUUCGGCCUUUCAAGUGAAGUCGUUGAAGAAAUUCAGAUCUGUAGCGGGCGAGAGCGAGAGCAACAGACGGCUUAUCGCUUUUUCCGAUGCACCGGCUGUCUUGGUCUGUCUUAUUGAGAACCCUAGCGCCGAAACUGACGAGGCAGGUUGCUGCUAUGAAGUUGCAGCAGCCUGUGAGGAAGCGUUGGGGAUCCUUUAUUCUCUUACUUUGCCUGAUGGAACAUUGGAUUCACUCGCAACAGCCAAUUGCCUGGCCUCCGUGGCCUCAAUUCUAAAGAGAGGUACCUCCAAUGCCCGGUUUCAUGCCGUCAUGCUCUUACAGACGGUGUCAAAAAAAGUCCUCGAAAGGUUUGUUAUGAAUGCCAACGAUGAUCUAAUUGAAGGACUUCUGGAAGUGUUGACGGAGGAGGUGUGCCACAAGGCAACCGUAGCCGCCCUCGAGGUUUUGACCGCAGUGAGCUCCAGCAGCAGGCGCAGCAGAAUAAAGGCAAUCCAGGCGGGCACCAUAUCUGCGUUGAUUGAAUUGCUUCCUGAUCAGAGUGUCGAGAAAAAAAACAUCUGCGAGAGGAUGUUAUGUCUUCUCGAUGUGUUGUGUGGAUGCGCAGAAGGAAGGGCUGCCUUGGUCGACCAUGCCAUGGGUAUCCCUUUGGUCUCUAAGAAAAUAAUGAGAGUGUCGGCCUUGGCAACAGAAAAGGCCGUUCGGAUCCUGUGGUCUAUUUGUAAAUUUUCUCCGUCUCAGCUAAUAUUGAACGAAAUGGUGCAGAUUGGUGCAGUCGCGAAGCUGUGCAUGCUAGUGCACAGCGAGUGCACGGCCAAGACGAAUAGAAAGGCAAAAGAGAUGCUUAGAUUGCACGAUAAGUGCUGGAGGAGCUCGCCUUGUGUUCCCUCCAUCAUUUAUCCGAGAUCCGUUCAGUAAAUAAGGCAACCUGGAAUACUCUUGAAACAUUUUCCGGCAUCUAUAUCUCUGUCAUGGGAUCAUCCUCUGUUAUUCAAGAAAAGUAAUGAAUUGAAUAUGAGUAUGGUAAAAGUGGAAGGGCAUCUCGAUUCGUGGAAGACGAUGGCUUCUAAUGAAUGCCGUAUACUCGAAAUUGAGCAGAGGGACAACAUUUACAAUCCAGAGGAGGAUAAAUUGGGAAAUCCAAAGUAGAAUAGGAUGAGGACAUGAAAUUACGUGUGUUUUUUUGUUUAGGUGAAUUUGUAAUGCUUAGAUUUGGUCUUUAGCUAACAUUCACAUUACCAUUUCCGGUUUU